CCUCUAACUUAACAUUCAGCGCGGAGCAGCCCCCCGUACAGCAGCAUGGCUCCAAGCAACAAGUGGUGGAUUUCGUGCGUCCUUUCGCUCUCUUGUCUUGCCCGUUUGGGGUCUGGCAGAAGACACGGAGAAGAUGGAGUUCAGCCUGAACUCUUUAUCUUCAAUGAGCUGUGCGCCCUGAAGGAUGAGCCGGGGCCCUGCAAGGCCAUUAAGUACCGAUUCUUCUUCAAUGUCGACACGGGAAACUGCGAGCUGUUUGAAUACGGAGGCUGUGGGGGAAACGCCAAUAAUUUCGAGACCCUGGAGGCAUGUGAGGAAACUUGUGUUGUCUCAGAUGACAAGAACCCGUGCCAUUUAGCUGAAGCUCCGGGUCCCUGUCGAGGGCUGGUGACGCGUUACUUCUUUGACAGCGAAAGCCAGCAGUGCAAGCACUUCUUUUAUGGCGGCUGCUUUGGCAAUGCCAACAAUUUCAGGAGCAUGGCGGAGUGCCAGGCGAAAUGUCAGAACCCAGCAAAAUCCACUAAGGCACCAGAAGUCCACUCACAUUCUGCUAGAAAAUCAGUUGUGCAGCCCACCAUAGUAACUGGGGAGAUGGCUGUCAGUGAGCGUUGGAUGCAAGCGAAUGACACCAAUCUGGCACCAAAAGACUUGAAGCCUACCGAGGUGUGCUUCAGUCCCAUUGACAGGGGAACAUGUAACGAUGUGGAGAGGAGGUUUGCCUACAACCCAAAGACCAAGAGAUGCCACGUGUUUCACUACAGCGGCUGCGGAGGGAACGAGAACAACUUCAAGCACCGGAAAGACUGCAUCAAGAAGUGCAUUCGAAGCAGAAAGGCUCAUGGGAAGAGGAUGAUUCGAAUAAGGAAGAAAAACAUAAACAACAUUGUGAAUCGCUCAGUCUGAACACUUGGCUUUAGAUCCUGCACUGCUGUGGAGCCACCUGUAUUUAUGUCUAUAUGUUACGUUUAGCUUUACUCAUAUCUGUUGUUUUGUAAUGCUGCAGUACUUGUAUAAAAAUCACUUUUAGUGUGUGGGAGUUAGUUUUUUAGUGACUGAAUGCGAUUAUCAUCAUUAUUCACAUUAUUUCGAUAUUUUCUUGACAAAAAACUGUUGUUUUGCUGAUGUCGAUUAUAGUAGCUCUACACUGAUGCUCUGAGUAUCAAUGCUUUUGUAUAAACAAUGUCUAAUGUCUUUUUAAUUUGACAGUUUCGGGGUUCUGUUAUGAUCAUGUACAUUUCACUGCGACUUUUAUGGGAAACACCAAAGUUGCAGCAGGAUUUUUGUUCAUAACAAAAUGAAUGCUUAUCCUUGUUUAAUUACUGUCUGUACAGUAACUGAUGCUUUUCUGUGGGGGUUUUGGUGUAGCUCCAUCAUUGUUAAUCAAUGUAAACAACAGCAUUAGCAGAUUAAACUGGUGGACACUCGUUUUUUAUUUUUUUUGUAAGGAUCAGUCACAACAAUAUAUAUAAUGUCAAGCAAACACAUGAAUCAAGAUGUCCUCACAGCUAUAAUUCAAUGUGAACAAGGUAAUGACUGCUUUAUAUUUGUCGGAUUACACUUACACUCUCUCUCUCUCUCUUGCUCUCUCUCUCUCUCGCUCUCGCUGUCUCUCUCUUUUUAAUCAAUAUGAUGCAGUUUUGUAAAUCACGAUUCCAGUCCUGCUGGUUGUCGUUGUUGAGAAAAACCAGAAGGGAGCAGUGUUGUAUUAAGUAAGUUUUCAGAGAGGUUGUCAAUGCUGGUCCCUGCUGGCUGCACAAGAUUUUCUUCACCGUCUCCUUUUAUAACCAUGGCUGUUAUGUAUUGGAUUGGAUUGGAUUGAGUUUAUAUAAUAAACUUGAACAAUUUAACCAUC